AUGAGAAAAUAAACACAUUAAAGCAGAUCAAGCUAGUCAUGUAAUCCAAAGUGUUAAGAUAAACCAUUAAAUGAAUUUUAAGUUAAUAAUUUAGUAACAGAAAAUUAAAAGCUGCUUGAAUAAAAUGAUAAACUUAUGUUAUAAUUUGAAAUUUUAAGACAAGAGUAUGAGUUCUUAGGUUCAAGUGGAAUUUCAAGUAUAAAGAGUUAGAGAAGUAAAAAAAUUGAAUUUGAGUAAUCAUAUGAAGAAAUGAAUAAAUUGAAAUUUUAGAAAGAAAAAUUAAUUGUUGAUAAUGAAUGUUUAAGAAGAACAAUAACUAAGUUAUAAUAUUAACUUGAAGAAUAAAGCAUAUAUAUAAAAAAGUUAUAGAAUUCUUAAAAUGAUUAUGAAUAAUUGAAAUAACGUUUAGAAGAAACUGUUUAAGUGGUGAAUGAACUAGAAAUAUAAUUAUAGGAUUAGUGUUAAUUAUAAAAAUAAUUUGAAUAUAAAUAAAAAAUAAUAACACUUAGUAAUUUAGAUACUCAAGAACAUUUGUCUUCUUAAUGUAAAAUGAAUGAUAUAUAAAUCAGUCAACUUAAAGAAUAAAAUAUCAAACUAAAUAAAUUACUUGAGGAAAGAUUAGUUUAAUUGGAAAAUAUCACAAAACUAUUAAAUCAAAGAAAUGAAGCUUAUAAUAAUUUGCAAGAAAGUUAUGAUUAAGAUCUAUCAGAUAUAAGAUAUAAUACUACAAAGUAGAUAUCCAAUACUUUUGAUUAAGAGAAGAAAGCCUUGUAAAUUUAAGUUAAUUAAUUAAUGUAAUAACUUGAUUUAUAAUAAUUAAAUAUAAGUCAAAAUAAAUAAAAAGUAUAAUAAAAAACUGAUGAAGAAUCUUAAAAAAUAAUAUAAGAUUUGUAGUCUUUAUUAAAAUAAAAAGAUAAUUAAAUAAAAGUUUUAGAAUAAAAAUGUGAUGAAUUUUAAUAAAAUGCAAUAGAUGUUUAAACAACUAUAGCUUCAAAUAAUUUUGCUAAUAGCUAAAAUUAUUAACAUCUUCAAUAAAAUCUAUAAGUUUUGAUGAAAGAAUUAGAGUUAUAAAAAUAGUAGAAUCAUUAAAUGAGAUAUCUAAAUUAAUAAUUGACUUAGAAAUUAAAUUUAUUCAGUUAAAGUUAGUAGAAAGUGAUUCACAAUAAUUCUCAUUCAUUUAUAUCAUCACCUGGAAGAUUAGACACAUAUCCUAAUAAGACUUAAUCAGUGUUAACAAAUAGAACAAAUAUAAUAUAAAAUGCUCCAGAUUCUCCAUUUAGAAAAUAAAAACUUCAUUUAUUAUUUACUGACGAAUAACAAAAAAUGCCUUAUGAUAUAUCUACUUAAAGUAAAUCUUCAUUUAUUAUAGUUUUAUAGGAACUGUCUAAAUGGUUUCAAAAUUAUCUGAAAUUGAUUAAAACUUGUAAUCAAACAAAGAUAAAUUUUUACUACAUGAUUGA